AUGGCAGCGGGAGAAGAAUUCAUUAAUCAUUCUCCGCAUGAACCUGGGCUUCUAGAAACAGGUCAUGACCAUCGGACACGCACGAGGAAAGAAGCGGAGCAAGCUUACUUUUGCAUCAUCGCUUGUCGCAGCAAGUCUGCAGCAGGAGACUGCUGCAGAUGGCUGUUGGACGAAGGGGAAGACAUUGUCAAAGAUCUCGUUGACCAAGGGUCGGCAGGAGCAGGCUCAAUGAAGACGGUCGGUAUCAGACUAGCAGACUUUGAUGACAAUGGUGGAGGACGUGGUCUUCUCAGCGAAUCCUGCUUGCUGGAAGAGAAAGACGGCGAGUGCUUUCAGGGGCCCGACGGAUUAAGAUUGCUGCUGCGAUUAACAGCCAGGAUUGAUGACGAUUCAGAACGUGCGAUUAAAGAUUGGUGA